ACACGAUAACACUGCAACACUGCAGCCAGAGUUUUUGAAAAUCUUCACCCUGGCAAGGCUUUUCAAAAUGUUCGGUUUCAGUGACCAGUGCAGCGUUUGCGUGAGGACGAACGGCCAAACCGCAUAGAAAAAUCUGCGGUUUUGAAAAUAACCGCGUUCGUGUGGACUGCCACUGAGCGCGCGCGUUGAGCAUUCAAAUCUCAUUUAAACUGGAGCGGAGGAGGUUACCAUGGUAACAGGGCGUCAACUCACUCAGCUGACAACAAGUAGCCAGAGGCUGUCUCUCUGCUGUUUUCACUGCUUUCAGGAGUGGUUUAGUGUCUUCAAAAAGACCGAUAGCAUCACAACCAUUAACUAGCUAUAGAGGCUAACAAUUAGAGGAGCGUCAGAAAAAAAUACCUAAAACAGGGGAAGUUACAAGAAAAUUUGUAAUGGGAGCUGCUGACAGAGAUACAGGAAACACAGAGCUGGAGCGGAGCGGAUCUCCUGUCAAAGAACAUCUCCAAAGCGCCAUGAACCAUCUGACUAGGCAGUUCGUGAAGACCGAUAACCUGGACAGAAGUCAGUUCAAGAUCCAGCCUCCACACCAGACUUCUCACUCACAAGGAUUGCUGUCUACUAGAUAUUAUGUGUACUCUUCAGACUUCGGUUCAUGCAGAUAUUAUUCAGCUUCACCAGAUCCUAGACGAGAAACGAAGACAGAAGCAGAAUGAGUACCACAGCACUACAGACCACAGGUUUUGUAUCAGGAGCCAUCGGUACGGUUGGAGUUCUUGCUGCCACGGCCAUGAAUGUCUGGUGCACCGAAGACCAGCAGGAGCACGAGGCAACCUCCGUCCACCAUUAUAAGAGCCUGUGGAAGGAUUGUGAGGUGUCCGAGACUGGACUCGCCGAGUGUCAACCUCUCUACAGUGACCUCUCUACAGUGAGCUUCUCAAGAAUCCUUCAGGCUGUAAGAGCUCUGAUGAUAAUUGCGAUUUUACUAGGUGUGAUUGCAGUGUUCAUCGGAUUCUUCUGCCUAAAGUGCUUCAAUAUGAGAAGCAUGGAUCUACUGACCAAGGGCAAACUGGUGCUAAGCGCAGGGAUUUUGUUUAUCAUUGCUGGCAUUUUUGAUAUUUCUGGAUCAUCAGUGUAUGCUGAUCAAAUGGUGCCUAGUUUCAUGAUGGAAUACCCAGCCCAAUACAAUCAAAAGCAAGGAGAGAAGGGAGGAAACGACUGUGGAAAUGGCAUGGGCAUGGGCUUGGGCGCUGGUAUGGGCAUGGGAGAAACUGAUUCAUUUGCUUCCAGGUACACAUUUGGUCCUGCCCUCUAUAUUGCCUGGGUAGGUGGAGCUUUGUUACUUUUGGGAGGAAUUUUGACAUGCAUCGCAUUCAAAACAAUGCAAACCAACACUGAUACGAGAGAUGGCUAUAUUUACAAUGCUACAGCCCAGCGCAGUGGAGCAGAUGAAGACUGUCACCUCCAGAGAAUGAGAGGAGAACAGCAACAAAUUUAAUCUUUUUUUUUUUUUCUUGUCAGUUAUGUCAGACCUGUGUAAUGCUUUGCACUGAUGAACUGAAGUAAUCUUUUUGAAUGCUGAAGAUAAUUGCAGUUAAAGUGUGUUAAGUGAUUUGUAGUGACUCUAUUGAAAUUACUCUUGAUUGUAUAUGGGUGAACUGGCCAGAUAAGGUGUGACACAGGGAGUGUCAAAGGUGCUUAAGAUUCAGUAGCUAUAAUCAUUGUAAAUAAUUUGCUGUUUAAAAUUAUAAUAAACUUU